AUGAAACCGCGAAUUUGCUGUCCCAAGGGGGCUCCGGAGCGUGCGGACGGACUCGCCGCAGGGAGCCGGGAGAUGAUGCUGGGAAUCGGGGCGACCCGGAGUGGGAGCCGGUGUGUGCCUGUCUUUCUCCUGCUCCUUCUCUGCAGCAGCUGCCACAUGUUGCACGGCCAAGAGGUGGCUCCCUACCUGCGAGGGGGUGAACUGGGGCAGCAGGUGGUGUUGGAGGGAAACAGACUGGUGCUGACCUGCUUGGCUGGAGGCAGCUGGCCUCUGCAGUACCGCUGGACACUGAACAACAGCAACAUCACAGACUGGACGCCACAGUACAGGUUGUCCAUCCCGUCCCUACAGAGGACUGACGCCGGCAUGUAUCAGUGUACGGUGAGGAACAGGAUGGGUGCAGUCAUACACAGGAGAACAGAGGUGCAGGUGGCCUUUUUGGGGAACUUCUCCACUGAGGAGCAGAGAAAGACGGUGACUCAGGGCCGAGCAGCCGUCAUCAGCCCCCCUCCCCUGUCUUCUUUCCCCAGACCCCUCGUCACAUGGUACAAAGAUGGAAACAAGAUUAUCCCCAACAGCAGAAUAGCAAUCACUUUGGACAAUCAGCUGGUCGUCUUGGCAACCGCAGGGACAGACGCCGGACGUUACCAUGUGGAGGCGGUGAACGAGAUGACGGGAGAGACUGCGACGAGUGCUGCAAUCUACCUGAGCAUCUCAGUUGGCAAGAAGAACCGCAUGUCAGCAGAUCCUGAGUCAGAGCUUGUGGCUCCGACGAUUGUGAUCGGACCUAAAGACACAACAGUAGUGGCAGGGAGGGAGGUGACGCUGGAGUGCAUCGCUAAUGCCAGACCUGUGGACAGUCUUGUGGUGUCAUGGAAACGUGAUGGGCGUCGGGUGGCCGGUGGGCGUCGACUCGUCGUUCCUGCCCCCACCUCCUCUGACACAGGCUUGUAUGUUUGUGAAGCGUCGCAAAGCAACAGCACUGCCAAACCUGCGGAGGCAAAGGCACACCUAACUGUAAUGGAGCCACCUUCUCUAUCUGCUCAGCCCAAGAGGAAGAUCGUCGCUGACCUCGACAGCAAUGUAGUUAUCCCCUGCCAGGUUACAGGCGUGCCCCAGCCCAGGAUAGAGUGGUACAAGGACGCAGUACUUCUUUCGAGACUGGCCAACCCUCGCUACAAGGUCACCACAGCAACCGGGCUGACGGUGCGCAGGGUGCAGCCAGGAGACGGAGGAAUAUUCCAAUGCUUUGUUCGCAACGCUGCCGGAGAGACCCAAGCACACACACAACUCCUCGUCUCUAGUGUGGCCCCCACAUUUACAUCCUCCCCAACAGACCAAACAGUAACUGAUGGGAACACAGCCUUGUUUACUUGCCAAAUGAAUGGAGCCCCAAAACCUGCCAUCACCUGGAGGAAAGGAUCACAGGUCCUAGCCAGCGGCACUGUCCAGGUUUCCAGAUUCACGCUGUUGCAGUCAGGUGGUUUGCAGAUUAAGCCAGUCAGCUUCCAGGAUUCAGGAGAAUACACCUGCAUCGCUGCCAAUUCAGAGGGAACCAUCAAUGCCACGGCUACCCUCACUGUCUGGAGUCGUACAGUCAUUUCUGUGCCUCCGUCUGACCAGCGUGUCAUUAAAGGAACCACUGCCACUUUGGACUGUAAUGCUACACAUGACCCCAGAAUCAAUGUCAGCUUCAAGUGGGAUCGUGGUGGUGUGCCAGUCCUUCCAUCAAGCGGGGGCCGUGUUUCUGUGCGCCAGGGCUCCCUCACUAUUGGCCAAACGUGGUCAGGUGACAUUGGGGAUUACACCUGCACUGUGACAUCGCAGGCUGGCAACGAUUCUCGCUCUGCACGUCUUGAAGUCAUUGAACUUCCACACUCCCCUCGCUCCCUGGUGGCCCGUCUCAAUGACUCUGACUCCCGCUCCGUCCUCCUGUCCUGGCUACGCCCCUUUGAUGGGAACUCCCCCCUUCUGUACUACCUGCUGGAGCUCUCAGAGAACAACUCACCAUGGAAGAUCUACCUAUCAGAGGUCGAUCCUGCGGUGUCUGAGGUAUCAGUGGGCGGGCUCACACCUGCUAGGACCUAUCAGUUCAGGCUUUGUGCUGUCAAUCAAGUGGGCAGGGGUCAAUACAGCGCGGAGACACAGAGAUUGAUGCUGAGGGAGGAAGCACCCAGUGCUCCUCCGAAGAAUAUUGUGGCCAGUGGGCGGACAAACCAGUCCAUCAUGGUCCAGUGGCAGCCUCCGCCAGAAACCCAGCUUAAUGGAGUCCUCAGAGGAUAUGUACUCAGGUACCGUCUGGCAGGGCUGCCAGGAGACUACCAGGAGAAAAAUAUCAGCAGCCCAGAGACCAACUACUGUCUCCUGAAAGAUCUGAUCAUCUGGACUCAGUACCAGAUCCAGGUGGCUGCCUACACUGGAGCUGGCCUGGGUGUCUACAGCAGCCCUGUCACUGAAUACACCCUGCAGGGAGUUCCCACAGCACCUCCGCAGGAAGUGGAAGUUCUCGCUAUCAACUCAACCACCAUCCGCUUCACAUGGAACCCUCCACCCCAGCAGUUCAUUAAUGGCAUCAACCAGGGAUACAAGCUGCUGGUCUGGCCAGAGCAGUUUCCAGAGGAUGUUACUAUAGUAACCAUCACUCCGGAUUACCCUGGUUCACGCCACACAGGAUUGGUCAGUGGACUCAGGAAAUUCACCUGGUACUUCGGCUCCACCCUCUGCUUUACAACACCUGGAGACGGCCCCCGCAGCUCACCCACUCUGGUGCAGACACACGAAGACACACCUGGACCUGUUCGUCACCUGAGCUUCACUGAAAUCUUGGACACAUCACUCAGAGUCAGCUGGGCAGAGCCUGAAAACAAGAAUGGCAUCAUCACUGGCUAUGUGUUGUGGUGGGAAGUGUCUGGCGUACAGUCAAGUCGUGAGGAACGUUCUCUGUCCAACUCCACCCUGCAGUACCAGCUGACCGGCCUCACCUCCACCACUGUGUAUAACCUACAGGUGGCAGCGCUCACUGCUGCAGGACGGGGCGUGGUCAUAUCAUCCACCAUCUCCACUGGAGUCCCACCAGAACUUCCUGGUGCACCAUCCAACUUAGUCAUCUCCAACAUCAGCCCUCGGUCUGCGACACUUAUGUUCCGCCCUGGUCCUGAUGGAAAGACAGCCAUAUCACGAUGGAUUGUGGAAGGACAGGUAGUAAAGGAGGACAGGAAGGAGGAGGCGUGGAGAGUUGUCUACCAAAAAGACAACCAGCCAGAUGCAGAUACAUUAGAGAUCCCUGACCUCAGCCCAUUCACUCAGUACAGGUUCAGGAUGCAGCAGGUGAACAUUGUUGGCUCCAGUCCCAUGAGCGCCCCCACCAGGCUGAUUCAAACCCUACAGGCUGCCCCUGACACGCACCCCACCAACCUCACCCUGCUGUCUGCUACACAGACGAACCUUUGCCUGAACUGGAAGCCUCUUCCAGAGUCAGAGUACAACAGCAGCCCAGAGACUGUCGGCUACCGGCUUCGAGUGUCAAGGACAGACGGCCAGGGGGAAGACAGGAUCGAUGAUGUGAAGGGUGAAGGUAGAGCCAGUGAAGCCACAGUAGAAGGUCUGAAUCCCUGGACCCAGUAUAAGGUCCAUAUACAGGCCUACAACUCCAUAGGACCAGGACCGUGGAGCAACACUGUUGGUGCACGCACAGCAGAAUCUGUUCCAUCUGGAUCUCCGGUGAAUGUGACUGCUGAGGCAGUGAGUUCCUCCAAGAUCCUGCUCACAUGGUCUGCUCUCCCUCAGGCACAGAAGAACGGAGUCAUACUUGGAUAUAAGGUGUUGUACAAAGAGAAGGAUUCAGAAGGUCCUCCCAGUGUUCAGGUGGCAGAAGGAGAGGGGAGUGUGUCGCUGCUCCUUGGGGUCCUCCAAAAAUACACCAUGUAUGUGCUGCAGGUGCAGGCAUAUACACGGUUGGGUGACGGUCCUCCCAGCAACCCCAUACUCCUCAGAACCAAAGAAGAUGUCCCAGGCCCCCCUGUCAGGAUGGUGUUUCCAGACGUUCGAUUGUCAUCAGUUAGGGUGGUCUGGCAGCCACCCUCAAAGCCCAAUGGCAUCAUAUUAGGUUACCAGAUCUCCUACCGCCUGGACAGCAGGGACCCCCUGCACUGGACCACAGUGGAGGUGGGCUCCAACGGUCGCCAGUUCACCGUCACGGGACUUUCUCCUGAGCAGACAUACGUGUUCCGACUCACCGCUCGCACCGUCGUGGGCUGGGGUGAAGAACAGGAAGCCUUGGUCGUUACCACCGAACGUAGAGAGCGUCCCCAGCCACCCAGGAAGUUGUCUGUUCCUCAGGAUGGGGUUGAAUCUCGCCAGCUCCGCCUCCACUGGGUGACUGGUGGCUCAGGCUCGUCCCCCCUGAGAUACUUCACUCUUCAGAUCAAGGAGCUGCCCAGUGGGGACUGGACCACACAUAGCGCUGACAUCCCGCAUAACCUGACCACAUGGACUGUUGAAAGGCUGAAGCCCUUCACAUCAUACAAGCUAAGGAUGCUGGCCACUAAUGAUGUAGGAGACAGUCUCCUCAGUAAAGAGACUGAAGCUGUUACAACGCUGCAGGAUGUGCCUGAUGAGCCUCCAGUGAUACUCUCAGUGAAGCCAACAACUACUACCUCGGUCCUUGUGCAGUGGAAGCGUCCAAGUGACAACACUGUUAAUGGGGUGUUGACUGGAUACCGGCUGUAUUAUAGAGAGCUCCCAGUAAACGCCUCCCUUUCCACCGAAGCAGAAGUCCAGGCAACCAAAAACAACACCACAAGUGCCCUAAUUACAACCAAGAGCACCUUUAAGACAGUCAGCAGUGCCUCGCUAACGGAGUUUGAGUUGACACAACUGAAGAAGUUCAAACGCUACCAGAUUGUUAUGACGAGCUACAAUAUCAUCGGAGAGAGCCCCCCCUCCUCCCCUGUUGAGGUGUCUGUUGGAGAAGCAGCUCCAUCGGUGGCCCCCCAGUCGAUCCGAGUGUCAGCUGUGUCUCCCUCCAUCCUGGAAGUGACCUGGGACACACCUCCCCUGGAGACCCAGAAUGGACUCAUCCAAGGAUACAAGAUCCACUACUGGGAGAGGGACAAACAGAACCAGAGUGAGAAGGUGACAGUGAUUUUUGUCCCAGACACCCGUGUGCACCUUACCAACCUGACCAGCUACACUCCUUACCUGGUCACCCUGACUGCCUUCAACACGGCUGGAGACGGCCCAGCUAGUGAUCCCCGCGGCGCCCGGACCCUGCAGUCUGCUCCGAGCCAGCCGAGCUUCCUGUCCUUCUCAGAGGUGACAGGAGGAAGUGUCAACGUGUCCUGGGGAAUUCCUCUGACACCGAAUGGACAGCUGGAGGGCUACAGGGUCAUCUACCAGCCCACUGCUCCUGUACAAGGAGUGAGUAAAAUGGUCACAGUGGAUGUGAAGGGCAGCUGGCAGCGAUGGCUGAAGGUUCGAGACCUGAUCAAAGGAGCGACCUACUUGUUCAGCGUUCAGGCUCUCACAGUCAGCUACGGACUACCCAUACAAGCAAAUGUCACUGCUCAGCCUGUUCAAGGCACCCCUGGGUCACCUUUGGAGAUGUCCAUCACCAAGACGUCCUCUGCCCUCACCAUCCAUUGGACAGACGGAGAUAUUGGUGCAGCACCCGUGACUGGAUAUGUUAUUGAAGCUCGUCCUUCAGAUGAAGGAGUGUGGGAUUCCUUCAUCAGACUCCUCCCUCCCACCAGCAGAUCUGUUUCAGUGCCUCUGGAGCGUCUGAGGUCAGGGAUCAGCUACGAGUUCAGAGUCAUUGCUGUUAAUCGCUAUGGUUACGGACACCCGAGUACACCCUCUGCGGCUUUAGCUGCGCUGUCGGAGCGUCCGUUCUAUGAGGAGUGGUGGUUCCUGCUGGUCAUGGCUCUGGUGGGGCUCAUCCUCAUUCUGGUCCUGGUCUUCACGCUGCUGCUGCAUGGGCACAGCACCAAGUACAAGGCCUGCGGCACAGGGAAGCACGUGUCCACAGCGGAGGAGUCUGUGACUCUGGACAAUGGAGGUUUCACCGCUCUGGAGCUCAACAGCAGAACGCUCAAUAGCAAGAACUCCUUCCUGAAAAAGAACGGGACCAGGUCUCCUCCCAGACCCAGCCCAGGUGGUCUUCACUACUCUGACGAGGACAUUUGUAACAACUAUAACGGAGCCAUACUCACUGAGAGCACCACGCUCACUGAGAAGCCCACUGAGGUCUCUGAGUCAGAGUUAACAGACAGCGACUACGAAGACGAGCAGCCCAAGCAUUCCUUUGUGAACCACUACAUGAGCGACCCCACUUACUACAACUCCUGGAAGCGGCAGCCUAAAGGCCUUAAAGGGAUCACUGCUCCUUUCGCCUACGAGGAGUGCGCCACUGCAGACACAGAGCCCUACUACCAGACCGUGGUCACUCAGCACAGCACAGGCGGCGCGUACAUGCCCACAGGGCAGCCUGCACACACGCAUGUCAACCCCAACACCAACCCGCCAGGGUCACGCACCCCUGUGACGGGGUUCUCCUCAUUUGUUUGA